AUGACAAAUAACGAUAAAAAAAUAGUUCCCGUUGGCGGAUCGGUGGUUCCUGAUGGUGGAUGGGGAUGGUUAAUUGUCUUUUCAUCAUUCAUGAUCCAUUUCGUUAUGGACGGGAUAACGUAUUCGAUGGGUCAAGUAUUCUUAGAACCGAUGAGGAAGGAACUUUCUCUCGAUCGAGCUUCGGUAUCAACUAUAUUUGGUAUUUUACCAGCUGUCACUCUCGGCGCAGGGCCAAUUGCAACCGUCCUCACCAAUAUGUACGGAUGCCGUGCGGUGGCUAUAGCGGGUACUUGCAUCGCCUCUUUCGGUUUUUUUCUCAGUCGACUAUGGAUCAACAUCUGGUUUUACUAUAUUACGAUUGGCGUCGUCGGAGGUAUCGGUUUUGCAUUAAUGUAUUUGCCAGCCAUUGUCUCAGUCGGUUUGUAUUUCGAACAAAAACGUGCAUUUGCCAUGGGCAUCGCUGUAUGUGGUUCAGGCGUGGGUACAUUUGUACUUUCCUAUAUCAUGGAUAACAUCGUCAAUAUAUUCUCAUGGCUUGACUAUAAGAACGCAUUAGUUGUCGAAGCUGGUAUUAUCUUGUUUGGCAUUCUAUGUGGUUCCUUGAUGGUUCCUCUACCACAAGAACCCAGCGAGCAACGACGACUAGAACGAAAAAGACGUGCAGAAGCUAAACAAAAGCAAAUCGAUCAAUCCUUAAUUCCGGAGAAUGCACCUUUGACAUCGAACAAUAAUGCUUCCGACGGCGAAUCAAUGUUGCCAGUUGUUACUAUUGAUAAAACACCAACCAAAUCUUUUUUUCAUCAAAUCAUCGAACAAAUCGAUCUCAACCUACUGAAAGAUGCUGCAUUUACACUAUUUGCUAUAUCGAAUUUUUUAACAAGUCUCGGUUUCAACGUAGUUUACAAUUUUGCUGAUGAUCUUGCAAAUGAUUCAAAAGUGAUAAAAGAUCAACGAACAUAUAUUGUUAUGUCAAUUGGUUUGUCGAACAUUUUCGGUCGUUUUAUUAUUGGUUACUCCGGUGAUCGAAAAUGUGUCAAUCGACUUCUCUUAUUCAUAUUAACAUUGAUUAUUUCUGGUGUUGCUACCAUGGUAGCUCCAUUAUGUGGCUCUUCUGUUAUUCCUCAUAUAGGCUAUGCGUCUUUUUUUGGCUUCUUUUCAGGUGGUUAUGUUGCUCUAACUUCAAUUGUUCUUGUUGAUAUAGUCGGCAUUGAUAAAUUAUCGGAUGCAUUUGGCGUUCUUUUACUUUUUAUUGGUAUUGCAACUGCUAUUGGAACACCAGUUGUCGGUAAGGAUUUAUUUUAA